GCAAACUUACAUACGAAAUCAAAAGAGAAAUGUAUGCAUCGUGGAGAUCCCUCACAUGAAAUCUUGACUUUAGGGAACCACGACUCUCACUACAAAGUUUUGCUUGGAAUGUAAGACUAAAAGAUGCGCCGCUGAUGUGGAAUCCUUUUGCGCAGAUGCACGUUGUGCCACUUUUUUCUCCUCAUUCAUCACUCUUCAUUGACGAUCCGAGGUCUCAGGAGAGAUCAACAAGAGGGUGUUCAUGUCGGGUAUUCGUAAGGAACUCUCCUGCACAUCGGCAAUCUUUCUAUGUGGCAGCGAUCGUAUCAUCUAUGUCGCUUGAUCCUGAGAGUAUACCGCUUGUUUCGAACUACCUGAACAGAAUUUGUGAUGUUACAGGGAUACGCCCACGAGCCACAUGACAUUCUCGAGAAAAAUUGAGAGAUUUUUAGCAGAGGACCCAUCACCUGCAACGACGGUAAUGCGGCUGUCAACCAGGAGUCUGAUACUGAUUUGUAGCAUCACCUUUGCAGCUUUUCUUGUCUCUACAGCGGUUGCUAUCUUCUUCUGCAGAUACACGAGAAGGAAAUUCCUUUCGAACGUUUCAAGCGAAGGUAAGGCAGUUACAUUGGAGCAUCUCAAGGGGCCCCGUACAUUCACUUACAAGGAGCUUAGGAAGGCAACCAGGAACUUCGAUGAGACCAUGAUCCUAGGAAGCGGUGGAUCUGGGGCAGUGUACAAGGGCAUCCUCUCGCCGUCAGGUAUAGUGAUUGCUGUGAAGCGUCCCAGACACAAGUCGGGAUCGGGAGAGAAAGCAUUUGUAGCAGAAGCAUCUAGCGUGAGCCAAAUUCGUCACCGAAACUUGUUGCAGUUGUUGGGUUGGUGUCAGGAGGAGAACAAUUAUCUGCUCGUUUAUGAGUACAUGAGCAACGGCAGCCUCGAUGGGUGGUUGUUUCCCGGUCGUCGUCGACACCCGAACGGCCCCAAUUACAAAAGGUCCGGCGUACUCCCUUGGGAAUUGCGUUCUUCCAUCCUCGCCGGCGUUGCUGCAGCCCUGGAUUACCUCCACGAAGACUGGGUGCAAUGUGUUCUCCAUCGCGACAUUAAGUCCAGCAACGUGAUGCUGGAUGCUGACUUUAACCCCCACUUGGGAGACUUCGGGCUCGCACGUCUGAUGGACCACGAAAAGUUGGGGGAGACCACUUUGGUGGCAGGUACACUGGGAUACAUGGCGCCGGAGAUACCCUUCACGGGCAAAGCAACCAAGGAGUCGGACGUUUACAGUUUCGGGAUAUUGGUAUUGGAAGUUGUGUGCGGCAGGAGGCCGUUGAAUUUGCAGGCUGAGGGUCCCGAUGAGGAAUUCGUCUUGCUGCAAAGCGUGUGGAGGGCGCAUGAAGCCGGAGACAUCCUGAGAGCUGUGGACAUGAGACUCCUUAAGAGGUCCGAAAGUUCCACAGAUACAACCACUCAGGAGAGUCUAGACACACAGAAAGUUGAUACUCUCAAAUCCGCGGAUGAGUGCAAAAUGGCUCAUCUCUUGCAUUUAGGCCUCCUAUGCUGCUUGCCGAAUCCGGAGGCACGCCCUUCGAUGCGAUUGGUAAGGCAGGUGAUCAUGGACCUGCAGUCUACCGCACCCGAAGAUACAACCAAAUUGUCGACUCCCUAUUUGCUACCAGCCUUGCCGCUGAGUAGGCCCUCGGGGUGCUACUCGCUCAUACGACUUGACCGGCUUUCCUCCACAUCGACGUCUGUGUGUAGCGAGGCGCCGCUGAAAUCGCUUUAAAACCAACCAGGGUUUUGCCAGUUUAAGGACGAGAUAGACCACAUGAAAGCAAGUGAGUUAGUUCAAUCCUGUCUAGAUGAUGCCUACAUGCUGAUGAUUGCUUGGAUUGUGAAAUUUGAGGGCGGAAUCCAAAACUCAAUCACAGUUUAUAGUUUCAACGAAGUUUAGUUCUUUCGAGACCAACACCUUUUGAUCGUCAAAACUUCGGGACAUUACUCUUCAUUCGCAACGAAAAGUAUCCACCGUGAGCUUUCUUAACGUACAUGAAACCAACGUGUAGACCGUUUCAUCCAGAGCUCUUUUGCCUUCUAUCUGCUCAUUCCGCCCGGAAAAGGGGGGGGGGUGUGGGGAACCAAACAAACAAAAAGAAAAGAAAAAAAAUGAAAAAAAAAAAUGAUGUAGAAAAAAAUAGAGAGAGCGAGUGAGUGAGUGAGUGAGAAAACCAACCCAAACGAGUGGUUUUAUUGAGUGAUGUCAGCGCAUUUGUAAACGAUGGCGUUGGACCUCCGACGCUCAAACUUAUGAAUCCAAGCUGCGACAGAGUCUCAGAAACUUGCAGAACCCAUAAGAAUUUGACUCUGAAAAAACUGUGACGAAGAGUUGCUGUUUCUUAAGUACAAAAUGUGUGUAACUCUCUAACGCAAUCUACAUGGUGAGGAGUGGUGAGAUUGUUUCUGUGACCUUGAUCAGAACUUCGGCGAUGAUCAAUGACACCCACACCGAGGUCAGACACGAGAUUUCUCGCACAUGAGGAUGAUGGAAUGCCUCCAGACAUCUAGAAUUUCUAGACUAAGAAAAAUAAACAAAUCAUGUGUCUACAAUGGAUUAAACACGGUUUUAACCACUAAUUCAUUCUUUUUGAAAGUG